AUGGAGGCAGAGAAAGACUCUGGAAGAAGAUUGCGGUCCAUCGGCAGAAGGCGGUACGCGGAGAGCGAGGACCUCUCGGAUGUGGAGGAAAUUGUCAGCAUCAGGAGUUUCAAUUUGGAAGAGAAAUUAAAGAGUAAAACGUACCACGGGGAUUUCGUCCAUGCCAUGGACGGAAAAGAUUUUACUUUUGAGUAUGUGCAAAGAGAAGCUCUCAGAGUUCCCCUUAUCUUCAGAAAUAAGGAUGGACUGGGAAUUAAAAUGCCUGACCCGGAUUUCACCGUCAGAGACGUGAAGCUAUUAGUGGGCAGCCGACGGAUAGUGGAUGUGAUGGAUGUGAACACGCAGAAAGGGGUUGAAAUGAGCAUGUCUCAAUUUGUGAGGUACUACGAAACACCAGAGGCCCAGCGUGAAAAGCUCUACAACGUCAUCAGCCUGGAGUUCAGUCACACAAAGCUGGAGAACAUUGUCAAGCGCCCCAAUGUGGUGGACUUAGUCGACUGGGUGGAUAAUAUGUGGCCACAGCAUUUGAAGGCAAGACAAACGGAUGCCACCAAUGCUCUUUCAGAGAUGAAAUACCCCAAAGUGAAAAAAUACUGUUUAAUGAGUGUGAAAGGAUGUUUCACUGAUUUUCAUAUUGAUUUUGGUGGCACUUCAGUGUGGUAUCACGUUUUCCGUGGGGGGAAGAUCUUCUGGCUGAUUCCGCCUACUCUGCAGAAUCUAGAACUUUAUGAAGAAUGGGUUCUCUCAGGAAAGCAAAGUGAUAUCUUUCUGGGAGACAGGGUGGAACGAUGCCAAAGAAUUGAGCUGAAACAAGGCUACACAUUCUUCAUUCCUUCAGGGUGGAUACAUGCGGUUUAUACUCCAGUAGAUUCUCUGGUGUUUGGUGGAAAUAUCCUGCAUAGCUUUAAUGUUCCCAUGCAGCUUCGCAUCUAUGAAAUUGAGGACAGAACAAGGGUGCAUGCCAAAUUCCGUUAUCCUUUCUACUAUGAAAUGUGCUGGUAUGUUCUGGAGAGAUACGUGUCCUGUGUGACCCAGCGCUGCCACCUCAGCAAAGAGUACCAGAAAGAAUCAAUGUUAAUUGAUGCAAAAAGACAACGCAGCACAGACAGCUAUUCAUCAGAUUCGUGGUUAGACAUGGAUGAAGAAUCUUGUGAUGCCCAUAUCCAGGAGGAGAAGGAUGACGGUGUGGAUAAGAACUCCAAAUCCUUGCUGGAUGGCUCCUCCUCACCCAACAGCACACACUCAGAGGAGAAGGAGGGUGCAGGAAGAAAACAAAAAGCCACAGUAAUGAGAUACCUGAAAAGAACUUUGUCUAAUGAAUCAGAUGACAGCGUAAAAUCAACGACCCCCACGGACUAUCCCAAAACACCAACAGGGUCUCCAGCUACAGAAGUUUCAACCAAAUGGACUCACCUCACAGAAUUUGAACUGAAGGGUUUAAAAGCCCUAGUGGAAAAGCUUGAAUCUCUCCCAGAGAACAAGAAAUGUGUUCCAGAAGGCAUCGAAGAUCCCCAGGCUCUCCUCGAGGACAUGAAGAACAUACUGAAGGAACAUGCUGAUGAUGACCAAAAUCUUGCCAUUUCGGGUGUCCCUGUGGUCAGCUGGCCCAAGAAGACCACAAAGAACAGGGCAGUUGGACGGCCCAAAGGGAAGCUGGGCACUGCUUCUGCGGUGAAGCUCGCGGCUAAUCGGACAACUGCGGGGGCCCGCCGGAGGAGGACGCGAUGCCGCAAGUGCGAGGCCUGCCUGCGGACAGAGUGCGGCGAGUGUCACUUCUGCAAAGACAUGAAGAAGUUUGGGGGACCGGGCAGGAUGAAACAGUCCUGCAUCAUGAGGCAGUGUAUCGCACCAGUGUUGCCUCAUACUGCUGUGUGUCUGGUGUGUGGAGAAGCUGGGAAAGAAGACACCGUGGAAGAGGAGGAGAGCAAGUUUAAUCUCAUGCUAAUGGAAUGCUCCAUUUGUAAUGAAAUCAUACACCCAGGAUGCCUUAAGGUGAAGGAAUCAGAUGGUGUGGUGAAUGAUGAGCUGCCAAACUGCUGGGAGUGUCCAAAGUGCAACCAUGCAGGGAAAACUGGAAAACAAAAGCGCGGACCAGGAUUCAAAUACGCAUCAAAUCUUCCGGGCUCGCUGCUGAAAGAACAGAAAAUGAACAGAGACAACAAGGAAGUAACAGAUGCUGCAAAAAGGAAAGGAGAUUGUGAGGAAACUCCCAGGAGGAAGUCAGAAGAACAUUCCAAAAAGACUCCAGUUGACUCAAUACUGAGGAGAAAAUCAGAUGAAGUGCAUCUGUGGAGGAAAAGGAAAUUCGAGAAACCCCCAGAACCCACCAUGAGAAAGCGGCUAAAACUUGGAAAAGAAGACAAACUCUUCAGGAAGAAGCGGCGAUCGUGGAAGGCUCCAGAUGACCGAACUGCCAUGAUCAAACCCCUGCGGCGCCUGAAACAGGAGCCAGAUGAUGACCUGCCAGAAGCACCCCCCAGGUCCAAGGAUAGUGACCAGUCACGGUCCAGCUCGCCCACUGCAGGUCCCAGCACGGAGGGUGCCGAGCCCAGGGACAAGAAGAAGUUCAAGAUGAGGAGGAAAAGGCGGCUUCCCAAUAAAGAACUGAGCAAGGAGCUCAGCAAGGAGCUUAACCAGGAGAUCCAAAAAACCGAGAAUAGCCUUGCCAAUGAGAAUCACCAACCCAUCAAAUCUGAACCUGAGAGUGAGAACGAGGAACCCAAGCGAGCUUUGAACAACAGCGAGAGACUCCAUAGGUUCAGUAAAGGGUUGAACGGGACUCCCCGGGAGCUGAGGCACCAGCUCAUCCCCAGCCUGCGAAGCACCCCGCGGGGAAUCGCCCGGCCGCCGCCCUCACUGUCUCCUCCCAAAUGCAUUCAGAUGGAGCGGCACGUCAUCCGGCCACCUCCCAUCAGCCCCCCUCCGGACUCGCUCCCCCUGGAUGACGGGGCAGCCCACGUGAUGCAGAGGGAAGUCUGGAUGGCUGUCUUUAGCUACCUCAGUCAUAGGGACUUGUGCAUCUGUAUGAGAGUUUGCAAGACCUGGAACAGAUGGUGCUGUGACAAAAGAUUAUGGACCAAAAUAGAUUUAAACCAUUGUAAAUCCAUCACUCCACUUAUGCUUAGUGGCAUUAUUAGGAGACAGCCUAUAACCCUUGAUCUUAGCUGGACAAAUAUAUCUAAAAAGCAGCUGAGUUGGCUUAUCAACAGACUGCCAGGUCUUCGAGACCUGCUGUUAUCGGGGUGCUCAUGGAUAGCAGUGUCGGCACUUUGUAGUUCCAGUUGUCCGUUACUCCGAACUCUGGACGUGCAGUGGGCAGAAGGGCUGAAAGACGCACAAAUGAGAGACCUCUUGUCACCGCCCACAGAUAACAGACCAGGUCAGAUCGACAACCGGAGCAAGCUACGGAACAUCGUGGAGCUGCGCCUGGCUGGCCUGGAUAUCACAGAUGCUUCUUUGCGGCUGAUCAUAAGGCACAUGCCCCUGCUCUCCAAGCUCAAUCUCAGUUACUGUAACCAUGUGACAGAUCAGUCUAUUAACCUGCUGACCGCGGUCGGAACCACCACGCGGGAUUCAUUAACAGAAAUUAAUUUAUCAGACUGCAAUAAGGUUACUGACCAGUGCCUGUCUUACUUCAAACGUUGUGGAAACAUCUGCCAGAUUGACCUGAGGUACUGCAAGCAAGUGACAAAGGAAGGCUGCGAGCAGUUCAUCGCAGAGAUGUCAGUAAGUGUUCAGUUUGGGCAAGUGGAAGAAAAACUUCUGCAGAAACUGAGUUAGUUAAAGGACACGUGU